AUGUUGAAGACACGAGCUGCAGGCUGCAGUUCCCCUCCCCGUUGCCCUGCGAAACCUAGUGCCCCUGCUGGUCGUGGGGAUUCGAUUCCGCUUCUGGAAGCUGUGGGAUUUCUUCGGGGCGCCGGCGACGAAACCCAUGCUGGACAAGACGCCGAUGGCGCGGUGGACACUCCAGAAGCAGAUGACAGCAUCCACUGCGCGUCGACUGGACAACGUGGUGUUUAUCCAGAGCCAUCCCAGCGUGCGCACAAGCAAUCUGUUGUGUUUGAGCUGGUGUAUGUAAGCUCUUAUGGAUGCGGUUGGGCACGCAGCGGCGGCACGCCACGUGUGGUGGAGUUGGCUCCGGACGGCAGCCGACUACAUCUCUUCAAGCGGCCGGGUGGCGGCCGGACACAGUAG